AUGCAAGCAGACGAACCUGUACAACCAACAAAUGUAGUUGUUGAAAUACCAACAAAUAACACGCCUCCAUUUGUAAUCACACCAACACCAACACCUUUUUACAUUACCAAUGAGCCUAUGGUUGCUUCUGCUUCAUUUUCCACACCAACAAUUCCAACUAGCUUUCCAACACCAACACCUUAUUACAUUAACAAUGCUUCUGCUUCAUAUGUCACUCCAACUGUAGCAACAACAACAGUUAUCGUGGUUGAGCAAAAACCACCAUCAUCUCACUCACAAUGGAAAAUAGCUCACACUGUUCUCACCUCCAUUCACCUAGUGUGGGUUAUUGUUCAGGUUUUCUAUCACUUUAUUAUGAUGAUUUCAUUCUUCACAAGUGGAAUUGCUGGAUAUGCUAUCGCUGAUUUGAUCUUAUUGUUGAUAAGCUUGUUUUAUCUUGUUGUGGGAAUAAUUGGACUUGUUGUCAUGUGGUUGCCAUCAACAGCAAUAUCACCACUGGCUGCAUUAAGAUUAUUGAAAUUUAGCACCAUGGCCAACGUGAUGGGAACUCAUUACAUGACGUUCCUGUAUUUGCUAAUGUGGGUUACUGAGUUUGCACAUUCCCCAAUUCUAUUCUAUGUCUUUACGGAUAUAAUCUUUUCCAAAAUUGAUCCAAGAAGCGAAUUGGGGUUACUUCACCCUGGUAUUUCAAUAAUUCCAUUUGCUAUCCAUCUAGUGAUAGCUGUUCUUAUUAGUGUCACCUCAAUCAAUUUUUAUCAAGUAAUGGAACCAAUUUAUAAUGAAAUGAUUAUCGUUAAGGGGAAACAUGAGAAGAAUAUUCAACAAUAA